AUUCAAAACCUCUGUAUUCUCCGAUCUCCGGCGAGAAGAUAAAUCUGUAUUUCUGAGCUUGGUUCUCUUCGCUGUGACACGUUAAGCAGUCUCUUUAUAAUAAAGGGUUAGUUUCCUCCAAUCUUGCAAUGGGUUCUAGAAGUGAACUUCUCAGCCUCUGUCGUGCCCUGCUUCGAGCGGGACGUCAAUUCCCUCAUUACAACCUUAGGGAGUACACUAAGCGAAGGACCAUGGAUGGCUUCCGCAUGAACAAGAAUCUCACUGACCAAUCCAAGGCGUAUGCUGAAGCUAAGGCACAACUUGUGGUUGUUGAGAGGUCGGUCAAGCUUUACUCCUUAUAUCCUCCUCCCAAGACUAAGAACAUCAUGGUUUGGCGGCGACCACUGACCGUUGCUCUCUUACCUAUCUAGCCUUCAGGUUCCUUCAUUUUUUCUUUCUUUCAAUUUAACCAUGGCAUAUUAAUUAAUUAGCUACAAAAUCCAUGUAGUUUCGAAUAAUUUUACUAAUGCAUGCAGAGAAUGAACUAAGUAUAUGACAUCAGAAUGGGGUCUAGCUAGAUUGCCUUUAAGUUCUAACCUUACAUCACUAAUUAUAUGUCAAGUUGUGUCGACUGAGAAAUUCCUCUUUGCUAGUCUGUAUCAUGUGAUUUUGUUAUAUCCAGUUUCUUUUUGGGUUUUUUUAUAUAUGUUAAAUUUUGUAGAGUUCCUAUUAGAGAAUUCUAAUCCUGCUAUCACAGUCCUUAUUGCAUUAAUAGUGUUUUUUCACAUAUAAAGAAUGAUAGGUCGAUGUAUUUUUGUGGUCAUAAUAUAACUGUCUUACAAUUUUGGAGCUGUAUUUGCGUUGAUUACUUGUCUCUCUGUUGGAUCAUACAUAGUUUUCACACUGGCUGUGACGCAGAGGAGAACCAAGUUUUGGAAAAGUGAUCAACAAAGCUGAUAAUUAUGCUAGCACAAGAGCUAUUGAUUCUCUUAUAAAAUACGGAACUGUUAAGUAUCCAACCUUGGAAUUGAAUUUAAUGAAGUAUUCCAGGUUUGUUUUCAGGCUGUUGCUGGGCUUGCAGCUGAUGGGAGGAAAAUUGUUGCCCGCACAAAAUCUGAAGCAAAAAGCUUUGAGAGGAUCAUGCAGUCAUCUAGAACCGAGCUCUUGUCAGCCAAAAUUGUAUCUCCUGAAGAAAAUUAUCAACAAGGAGGAGUUUGUAACACUGAGAACAAUAUCAAUGCAAGUUGCUAACCCAUACCUGCUAUCCAACUAAUUAUAUAAUCUGCUACAUUCGUUCUAAGCUAGAUACCUAUAGCUGCGUGAACUUUCUCUAGUCGUUUAAUGUGUUUUGGUAAUAAUGAACAAAAAAACUCUUUGUAAAAAUCGCUUGACAUUGAUCUGCAUCUUCUCAGCUGUAAAUUAGUAUGUGUAUAUAUUUUUGAAAAUUACGUUUGGUUUUUAAACAAAA